CUAAUCGCACGUCGUCCAAAAACGUUUUGUACAGGACGUAUAGGUUUCUUAUUUCGCUUGCACGCUAGUAUUAGCGAACUUACAAGUCGCGACCUCCCGUGCCUUUCGCCCGGAUUCACCGUGCUCCUUUCUGCUUUUCACAAUGGUGCCGGCAGAUUAUUCAGAGUGGAAAAAUGCUGAGUUGAAGAAGAAGAAAGAGCGGCGCUGCUGCAGUGUUCGAUGCCUGAAAGCGCCAAUGCACAUGUUCACGUUCUUUUAUUGGUUGAGUGGCGUCGCACUAGUGAUAGUAGGAGCCUGGACAUUAGUAUUUGAGAACAAGUACAGUGUACUUCUAGGAAGCUCGUGGUUCUUGAUCAUAGUUGGUCUAAUGAUUGGUACUGGAGGUCUCAUCAUAAUUGUGUGUAUCUGCGGCUGUUAUGGAGUUGUCAAAGAACACAGAUAUUUCCUUAUUUCGUUUCUAAUUUUGUUGACGCUGAUCUUCGUAAUCGAAUGCUCUGUAGGAAUUGCAGCAUUCGUUCAUCGAGCUCAGAUUGAGGAGGAUUUAGAUAAAGCCAGUGUCGCCAGAAUGAAUGAGUACGGAACAUCAGAUGAUAUUAAAGAAUCAUUUGACACUCUUCAACAAAGGCACAAGUGUUGUGGGAGUCUAAGUUAUUCGUCUUGGAAUGUCACAGCUUGGAAACAGAUGCCUGAAAACCAGAACUUAUCAGUUCCAAACUCGUGCUGCAAGACAAUUACCCCUGCAUGUGGCAAGAGGGACCACCCCUCAAAUAUCUACCAUCAGGGUUGUAUCUCAAAGUUAAGCGAGUAUUUUCGGGAGCAUGUGCUUAUUCUGGGACUGGUAACAUUACUUCUAAGUGCUGUCCAGUUAACUGGAAUUAUUCUUUCCUCAUUUAUGGUACAUUUGGUGGAGUAUUACUGAUUGGUGUCCAGACCUCUCUCCGUGUGUACCAUGUGGAUUGGAGAAAGCCUGGCGUAAUCCCCCGUAGAAAAAAAAAGAUGGCGACCGGUACAUUUACCCAUAAUUCCUAGCGCAUAAAAACUUUAACAGUGCUCAUGGAAACGCAAAGAAAAGUUCUAAAAUCUUCAAACCUAGCAUACAGGAUGUCGUUAGAAAAAGGACAAAUAUUGCAAAGUAUGGCUUUCCUUGUACUUUAUGGGAUAUGUAAGGCUUGCAUGGUAUUAUGCUAAAAUGUACAGCACAACCACCAUCUUUUUCCUACGGAGGAUGAAUUCCUUUACAGUACUGGUUGGAAGUUUGUGGCGUUUCCUCAACAUUAGAGACGUCUUCAAAAUUUAUUGACAGUGCAGUGAACUACUACUUCAAAUCCUUACUAGGAUAUCUACUAUGUAACUGAGAAGACAACAAAAAACAGAUUCUACAUGCUGUGUCAAACUCGAAUAAGACUGUACAUGUAAGGCAGUAGUUAUUUCUGCCAAUAGAGUAACCAUUAAAGCUCAAUUUAACUCCCGGCGCCGGGAGCUAGCUUUUGUAAGGAAAGGGAGGAGACAGGGCCAAACUAUAGAGGCACAAAGAUGUAGCCCGUUGGAAGAGAAGAUUGAAAGUGUUGGGGCUAAAAGAAAGAGCUGUUAUGCCGUUAUGAUAACGUAGACGUGGUUUCCUGUAUCAGACAGUGGCGUUUUAACUACCUAUACAGUGUAUAUUUAUAGCCACAAAAGCUCAUAGGAUGUGUAAUUCAACGCUCAAUUUAUAUAUAAUUGUCUAAUCACAGCGUAAGUAUUAAGACGAAAUCCACCAGAAGUUCGAGUAACGAGUGGACAAAAACCUAGUACCAAGAUUAUUUGCAUCGUA